CCCAGCCCGGCUACACAAUGACUGACACGGUCCAAAGUUAUCCCGGAAUACAGACAGCACGCAUGUGCAACCGACCCGGAUGUGAAACUCACUGCGCCCCUCACCGAAUCCGUACCGGGCCGAUCCAGGCCGAACCGUGCUGGGUACAAGCGGGCCAGAACCGGAGCAGAGCCCGAGAACCAGCGGGAGGGAGACCGAGAACCCGCCGGGAUCUAAACCGUGCCAAAUGCACAGUCCAGAUCGGCACUGCAGCCCCAAAAGGGAGAAAAAUACGCGUUCUCCAUUCAGGUGAUCUAGAACGCUCUGAUCAAAAACUCUGGAGAAGCCUAGAGCCAGCAUGAUAGCUGCUUAUGUAAGGGGUGCAUUGCCUCUUAAUAAGUUCUCUGCUUAGGCUAUGGUGAACAAAUAGAGUAAAAGUACGUUCUUUUCACCAAUUUCUCUGGAGAAGAAAAAAAACAACAUUUUGGACAACUUGAGGAUUCUUCUUGAGAUUUAAUUUGAAGAACAUUUAUUUAGAUGCAAUUUGAGGAACCUUAUUGAGAUUCAAUGUAAGGAACCUUCUUUAGAUGACAUACGAGGGACCUACCUGAGAUGAUAUUCGAGGAACCUUAUUCAGAUUCAGUUUGAUAAACCUAUUUGAGAUUAAAAGUUGAAGAACCUUCCUGAGAUGAUAUUUUAGGAACCUUCUUGAGAUUAAACGUAAGGAACCUUCUUUAGAUGACAUUUGAGGGACCUACCUGAGAUGAUAUAUGAGGAACCUUCUCGAGAUUCAAUGUAAGGGACCUUCUUUAGAUGACAUUUGAGGGACCUACCUGAGAUGAUAUUUGAGGAACCUUCUCGAGAUUCAAUGUAAGGGACCUUCUUUAGAUGACAUUUGAGGGACCUACCUGAGAUGAUAUUUGAGGAACCUUCUCGAGAUUCAGUGUAAGGAACCUUCUUUAGAUGACAUUUGAGGGACCUACCUGAGAUGAUAUUUGAGGAACCUUCUUGGGAUUAAACAUAAGGAACCUUCUUUAGAUGACAUUUGAGGGACCUACCUGAGAUGAUAUAUGAGGAACCUUCUCGAGAUUCAAUGUAAGGAACCUUCUUUAGAUUACAUUUGAGGGACCUACCUGAGAUGAUAUUUGAGGAACCUUCUUGGGAUUAAACAUAAGGAACCUUCUUUAGAUUACAUUUGAGGGACCUACCUGAGAUGAUAUUUGAGGAACCUUCUUGGGAUUAAACGUAAGGAACCUUCUUUAGAUGACAUUUGAGGAACCUUAUUGAGAUUAAAUAUUGAAGAACCUUCUUGAGGUGAAAUGUAAGGAACCUUUUUAUAUGAAAGAUAAGAAACCUUCUUAACACGAUCAGCAAUGGGAUUAGGAAUCUCCUGUUCUAAGAGAUAAUCCAUGACUCCUUUGUAGUUGGUGGUUGUUACUUGGUCAGCUUUGACGUUUAUUUUUUAUUGAAUCAAACAAUUGCCCUCCAGUUAUGGAUUUCCGAGGCAAAAAGUAUGAGCGGGGUAGUAACUGGUCAGACCCAGAGGUGGUGGAGCUUCUCCAGCUUUGGGGCAAUGAGUCAGUACAGAUGGAGCUGGAGAGCUGCCUAAGGAACCAACAUGUCUUUAACCGCAUUGCCGACGUGCUGAGGGAAAAGGGGAUUCACCGCACCGGGGACCAGUGCCGGGAGAAGAUAAAGAAGAUGAAGUUGGAAUAUCGGCGGCUAAAGGAUAACAACAAGACCCUACGCAGCGGGAGAGCCUGGAAGUUCUACGAAGUGAUGGACAGGGUGCUGACGCACCGCCGGACCCUUUCAUACGGAUCCUUGGGAACGGGAGUUUUGUCUCAACCUCUGCUCCAGGGACCUAUGUCUGAAGGGUUCCACCACCCCUUCGCACAGUACGGACACACACAGCACCCAGAACUUAUGGAAGUCAAGUGUGAGGAGGUCCAGUCAGAUGUGCAGUGUUUGACCCCGGAGCCUCCGCCUUCCAUGACGUACAUCCAGGACUCAGGGGGAGAGCAGGAUGAGGAAGACAGGGUCAUGUUGGACAGAGGGCCCCCUGAUUCUCCUAUAUCAAGGGUAGAAGUUCCCGCUGAAGUGAGCGUAUCCCCCUCAGGUUUCAGUGAGUCCAACAUGGCUGGCUCCUCGGGGCAGAGUGGGCAGCAGAGGUUCUGGAGGAAGCGGAAAGUACGGGAAUCGCUGGAUGAGCUUAUUGCGCAGAUGUUGGCGGCUCAGCGGGCGUCGGAGGAGCGGUUUCUGCAGCUGGAGGAGCGGCGGAUGGAGCAGGAACAGGAAGCGGAGGAGCGCAGGUUGCGCCUGGAGGAGCGACGGCUGCAGUUGGACCGACAGCACGAGCUGCGCAUGUUUAGUCUUUUCGCCCAGAUGUUGGGAAUGUUACGCCCACAGGGCGGUGAUGGCGGGCAGCCCCCAAACACAGAUCCUGUUUACUCCCAGGAGGCGGAGCCUAUGAGCAGGGCGGGAACGGCGAAUGCUCACGAGACGGACCUCAAUGAGGUUUAUAACUGCAACCAGUUCAGCAGCCCCUACCUGUCCACUCGUGGGAACAUCCUCAGCGGCUUCCGUGGCUCCUCCGAGGAGGGAUACAGGGCCUACCAUGAGGAUAAGUACGAUGAGGACAAGAACCCUAAUGGAAUUAUAAACUUUGGCACCAGUGAGAAUAAACUCUGCUUUGACCUGAUGUCCAAACGGCUGACACAGAGUGAUAUGAAUGUUAUAGAGCCCCCACUCCUGCAGUACCCAGACUGGAAGGGCCACACUUUUUUAAGGGAGGAGGUUGCUCGUUUCCUGACGUAUUACUGCAAGGCGCCGUCCCCUCUCAGCGCAGAAAACGUGGUCAUAUUAAAUGGCUGUGGCUCGCUCUUCUCAGCUCUGGCAGCGGUGCUGUGUGACCCAGGAGACUCGGUUCUGAUUGCUACUCCGUUCUACGGGGGGAUCACCCAGAGCAUAUUCCUGUACAGUGGCAUUAAGCUGGUUUAUGUGCACUUGGAGAGUAAGGUGGUGCCCCCGGCAACCCGUCCCUUCCAGCUAACGGUGCAGAAACUGGAGACCACCCUGCAGUUGGCAAAAGAGGAGGGCAGCAGUGUGAAAGCUCUCAUCCUGAUAAACCCCCACAAUCCCCUGGGGGACGUGUACUCGGCCACAGAAAUGCAGGAAUUCUUGGAAUUUGCAAAAAGGCACUCUCUGCACGUCAUCGUUGAUGAGAUUUACAUGCUCUCGGUUUUUGAUGAAGCGUCAUCCUUCCACAGUGUCCUGAGUCUGGACAAGCUCCCGGACCCUCAGAGGACGCAUGUUAUGUGGGGGAUCAGCAAGGACUUUGCCGUCUCGGGAGUUCGCUUUGGGACGCUCUACUCUCAGAACCAGGACGUGUGCAAUGGCGUGGCCUCUCUCUGCUACUUCCAUGGAGUGUGUGGACCCAUCCAGUUUAAGAUGGCGCAGCUGCUCCGGGAUCGAGACUGGAUUAAUCAGGUUUUCCUAAGGGUGAAUCACACGCGCCUGCGGGCCGCUCAGUCCUACGUGGCCGACGAGCUCCGCACCCUGGGCGUUCCCUUCCUUAACCGCGGGGCCGGCUUUUUCAUUUGGAUUGAUUUCCGCAAGUACCUGCGGGCGCCCACCUUUGAGGAAGAAGUGAUUUUAUGGAGACACUUUCUGGACAAUAAAGUGCUGCUGUCCUGUGGCAAAGCGUUCGAAUGUAGCGAACCGGGCUGGUUCCGAGUCAUAUUCUCCGACAAGACCCACCGCUUACAGCUAGGAAUGCAGCGAAUCCGCAAGGUUCUGGAGGAGAGAGAGCGGGAGCUGCAGUUGGAGACCCCAACCCGAGGCAACGAGGAAGGCAAAGCUGACAGUACCGACGAAGUCAUCUACGUAUCCAGCCACCACGAGGCGUCCUCGAGCUCCGGCCUCGGAGACCUGAUCAGCCAACUGCAGAGCCAGCUGCGCUCAUCCGAUUGGCUGCAAAGGAACACGGCCGAGAGCUUCGCACAGCAGAACCCUGAGGUCUACCAGGUCUACAGCAAGUUCAUGGGCAAGCAGUGAGCAAGCCCUCACAUUUUGCACAAUAAAGGGGACAGUUCUUCAGGAAAAGGAGUUGGAACCCGGGAAUCCAAGUUUGAUCGAUGACAGCCCUACUGUUUACACCUAAACUAGAGAGCCCACCGUAACGCCCAAUGCUGCUCUUCAGAUCCAAAGUCACUGGUUCAGCAGAAUAGGAGGAACAUCCAGAAGAACGUCUGGAUCAUUUCAAUCAGUUUGUAGGAACAUGAUUGGGUGUUCCCCCCCCCCCCCUCCAAAUAUAGUAAAGAAAUAUUAAUUUCUGAA